AGGGCCCUCUGUGCCUAUGUGGUGCACAGGAAUGUGACCUGCGUCCUACAGGAAGGAGCAGAGAGCUACGUGAAGGCUGAGUACCGGCAGUGUGGUUGGGGGCCCAAGUGCCCCGGGACAGUCACGUACCGCACAGUGCUCAGACCCAAAUACAAGGUUGGCUACAAGACAGUGACAGACCUCGCCUGGCGCUGCUGUCCCGGCCUUACUGGGGAACGCUGCCCUGAGCACCUCACAGACCAUGGCGCCUCCUCACCCAAGCCGGAGCCUGAGCCCCAGAUUCCCUCAGGGCAGCUGAGCCCAGGCCCCAGGCCCCCUUCUUACAGCAGAGCAGCCCCCAUCUCUCACGGAAGGAAAGGCCCAGGGCUGUUUGGCGAACGGUUAGAACGCCUGGAGGGCGACGUCCAGCGCCUGGCACAAUCAUAUGGUACCCUCAGUGGCCUGGUGGCCAGCCACGAGGACCCCAAGAGGAUGAGUGGUAGUCCCAGGGCCCCUGCUGCACCUGUGGGCUUUGGGGUCAUCCCUGAGGGGCUUGUGGACCCGGGAGACAGAACCAGAGGGCCACUCCCCCCUCCCUUGGACGAGAUCCUGAACAAGGUGACAGAGGUGAGCAACACGCUGCAAACCAAGGUGCGGCUGCUGGAUGAGGUGCACGGGCUGGCGCUUGGCCACGAGGCCCACCUGCAGCAGCUGCGGGAAGCCCCUCCGUCCCCGCUCACCUCCCUGGCCCUGCUGGAGGAGUAUGUGGAUCACCGGCUACACCAGCUCUGGGGGAGCCUACUGGACGGCUUUGAGCAGAAACUGCAAGGCAUCCAGAGUGAGUGUGACCUGCGGGUGCAGGAGGUGCGGCGGCAGUGCGAGGAGGGCCAGGCAGCCAGCCGGAGGCUGCACCAAAGCCUCGACGGCCGGGAGCUGGCCCUGCGCCGGGAGCUUUCGCAGCUAGGCACCCGGCUGCAGGGCCUGAGCAUGGCUGGCAGGGGCAGCUGCUGCAGUCAGCUGGCCUUGAUCGGUGCCCGUGUGGACAGCCUCGAGAGAACCCUGCAGACAGUCACCCAAAGGGGCCCUGGCGCCCCAGCUGGGGAUGAGCUCACACGGCUCUCUGCCGCCAUGCUUGAGGGAGGCGUGGAUGGGCUGCUGGAGGGCCUGGAGACGCUCAAUGGGACAGAGGGCGGGGUGAGGGGAUGCUGCCUGAGGCUGGAGAUGGGGGGCUGGGGAAUGGGCCGCUUCAGAACUGUGCUGGAAGAGCGUGUGCAGAGCCUCGAGGAGCGCCUGGCCACACUGGCUGGGGAGCUGAACCACGAUAGCACCCCUCCAGGCAGGUCAGUGCGGCCCCUCGUGCAGACAGAGCUGGCUGUACUAGAACAACGACUGGUUUCUCUGGAGACCUCAUGCACCCCUAGUACCACCUCAGCCAUCCUGGACAACCUUGUGGCGGAGGUGAAGGCCUGGCAGAGCCGGAGCGAGGCCCUCCUGCGCCAGGUGGCCAGCCACGCAGCUCUGUUGCAGCAGCUCAAUGGCACCGUAACCGAGGUCCAGGGGCAGCUAGCAGAAGGGACGGGCAGCUCACUACAGGGUGAGAUUACUCUGCUCAAGGUCAAUCUAAACUCAGUGAGCAAGUCGCUCACGGGCCUCAGCGACUCUGUCAGCCAGUACUCAGAUGCCUUCUUGGCCGCCAACACAUCCCUGGACGAGCGGGAACGCAAGGUGGAAGCCGAAGUCCACGCCAUCCAGGAGCAGGUCAGCAGCCAAAGCUCAAGGCUUCAGGCUGGCCACAGGCAGGUCCUGAACCUGCGGGGGGAGCUGGAGCAGCUCAAGGCUGGUGUGGCCAAGGUGGCUGGCGGGCUCAGCCGCUGCCAGGAUACAGCGCAGGAACUCCAACUCGCAGUGGGCCACUUCGACCAGCGGGUGGCACAAGUGGAAGGUGCAUGCAGGAGGCUGGGCCUGCUGGCUGCAGGCCUGGACAGCUUGCCCACCAAAGCACUGAUGCCCAGGGAGGGCCUGUGGGGCCACGUAGACCAGCUGAAUCGCACACUGGCUCAGCAUACACAGGACAUCGCCCGCCUCCGGGAUGACCUGCUGGACUGUCGGGCCCAGCUGGCUGAGCAGGCGCGGCCAGGGCAAGCCGACUAGACAGGCUGGUGAGGACCCAACCUCAGAUCCCACUAACCCGGAGCAUCACCCCAGAGACAGCCUUAUCCAGCAGUACCUCCCAGCCUUCCUUGGCCAGCCCAGAUGCCACUUCAGAAGCCACUGAAGGGAUGGUCUUGGUCUCCGUGUGGCUGUCUAGGUGCCAGAAUCCAUGCUCAGUGAUGCACAAACUGGACAAUUCAGAAUAGCGGUCAGGACAAAGGCAUCGUGCCAGAAGGCCAGGAUGGACCUGAGAAAGCUCACACUUCACCGUCUACAAGUCACUCUUGUGCAGACACACCAGAGUCAGCAACUGUGCAAAGACCUACAGGCUGUUCUCAGUCAGCAGCCU